AUGCCAAACUUCGCCUUUUCUCUUCUCCCCGAACUUUCCCUGUUCUUAGGGCUGCGGCGGGCGCUGCAUCGUUGUCCCCGGGAAGAAAAGACGGGGGCAAUCGUGGGGGUGGGGAAGUUCAAGGGGGCGACCUGCCCCGGCCGCAAUGGUGGCGAGGUGGAGCAGCAGCAGCAGCCGCAGCCGGCGCCGCCACAGCAGUUGCCGGCGCCCGCCGGGCAGGGCAAAGGGGAAGCGGGGAGGAGCACGCGGGAGAGGACCGGGGAGGAGGGGGGGAGAGACGGACAGUCCAAGAUGGUCAGCAGAUAUCAACAACAAUCAGAAUCAGAGGCUCAUAGCUCUGACUAUUCCAGCAGCAACUUUUGGGAUAGGCUUAGCCAACAACCAAGCCCCCACUGGAUGGAAGAAUAUCACGAGGCACCAUCCCUGCUGACAUCUGGCUGCGUAGUACAACAGCCUGCUGAGGCUGAGAGAGAUCCUUUCCCCUGGCAGAUGGUUUCAACUGUGCAGAAACUUCCAUCGCCUAAGGAGCUGUGCCGGAGGAAGAAAAAGGGUAGAAAGCUGAAAAGACUUGAAAAUGUCAGAAGCUUGUCAGUUUGUUAUCAUCUGGAGGAACUGAGGAGAAAGCAAAGCAGCAUUGAUGAGCUGAAAAAGGCUACAUGGGGCUUGUGUGUGCCCCAGCCACUCCACGAAGGAGCAGAAGGCACUGCUGAUUCACUCACAAAGGCAACAUAUCACAAAGACCAACUGAGCCCUUUCAGCAUGCUGAAGCCAGCUGCCCAGUUCUAUGAAAAUCACCCAGCCUUCAACAAACCCAACAAUGCACAGCUCCUCUAUCCAGAAUGGAACCCCACCAUGAGAGAACAGCUGAUGAUCCCUUCAGAAAGCCCCAUGAUCUCCUACACGAUGGCUACACGGGACAGAUGUCAAAGGGCAGCAGGCUGUCGGUCUGAGGAAGACUAUUGGGGAUUCAAGCUACAGUCGGAGGAAUGA